CGGCGAUGCGACAUACAUCCAUCCACUAACUUUGGGAAUAAUCAUGUGUAAAGCGUUGAUAAGAAGUCAUACGAUGACCAUCAGCAGGUCGUACGACAUAUUAACGGGAGAACCGUGGUAGUCCGCUCGAGCGUCCAGACGCAGUUUAAUGGAACGUCAGGCCAACCACACACAUAGCGGGCGGACAACACACUUGAUAGUCUGGUCAUACGUGAUUACUUCGUACUGACCUUUCUGCCUUAUAACGCUGUAAGUCUAUUGAAUACGGCCAUGAUCUAAAAGUGCGUGUAUGCAGCUAUGACUUACGCCUCAACCGAGGCUGCAAGACACCGUAGCGGUCAGGGAGUUCAAUCUUGUCCCAUGCUGGAUGGUCUAGCUAAAAUCAGUGGACGCGAUAUGCAACACGCAGACUCCGCACGUUUGCCGUCCCCACGCCUUGCUCUUUGUUCGCUGACGGCAACAUUGCAGUGGCUGAAUAGCGGUGACACCUAACCGCUGCCAACCAACUUACAGCCAUG